AUGGGUCUGGGUUUUGCUCAAUCUAAACAAGAUUAUUCCUUGUUUACUAGAAGCUUAGAUGGUGAAUUCUUAGCCAUUUUGGUCUAUGUGGAUGAUAUGGUGGUUACAUGUACUCAUAUGCCUCAAAUUAAUGUUGUCAAACAUGCUCUUGAUAAGGAGUUUACUAUAAAAGAUCUUGGUGCUCUUAAUUACUUCUUAGGCAUUCAGAUAUCUAGAACAUCUUCUAUUGUGUUUUUAUCACAGAAAAAAUACAUGAAUGAUAUCAUUGUUGAUUGUGGAAUGGAGUCUAAUGAUCCUUCUCCUGCACCUCUUCCUGUUGGAUUAAAACUCUCUACUGAAAUUGGUGAUGUUCUUGAUGAACCAGAGAUUUACAGAAGGUUAAUUGGGAGACUAUUAAAUUUAGGUCUUACUAGACUUGAUUCGUCAUACUCCAUUUGGCAUCUUAACCAAUUUCUUCAUCAACCUAGAGUGCCUCACCUCAAGGCUGCUCUUCAUGUUGUGAAAUACCUACAAGGCACCAAGGAUUUUGGUUUGUUUUAUCCAGCUAACAACAAAUUACUAGUCACUGCAUAUAGUGAUUCAGAUUGGAGUGCUUGUCAAUUUUCUAGUAGAUCUUUAAGUGCAUAUGUUGUGUGUCUUGGAGACAGCUUAGUUUCUUGGAAAACAAAGAAACAAUCCACUGUUAGUAAAUCUUCAGCUGAGGCUGAAUACAGAAGUAUGUCAGCCACUGCUAGUGAAUUAGUCUGGCUCAAUGGGUUGUUAAAAGAUCUGCAGGUGGCAGUUUCUCUUCCUAUCACUAUGUAUUAUGACAAUACAUCUGCUGAGCAUCUUGCACUUAAUCCCAAGUUUCAUGAAAAGACUAAACAUCUCAAGAGAGAUAUGCAUUAUGUUCGAGAGCAGGUUGAAGCUGGCUUCUUAGCUACAUCUCACAUUCAGUGCUCAGCUCAACUAGCAGAUUUGCUCACCAAAGCCUUAGCUUCUCAACAGCAUCAUCUUCUUUGCUCCAAGCUUGGCCUUGUCUCUCAAGCCCAUCUUGAAGGGGGGAUAUAA